AUGUCAAUGCAACCAAUGUCUGAUCAGGGAGUUGCUAAAAGUGGACAGCAGGAGUCGAGCACAGGACACAGUGUGCAAAGAAAUGGUGCCAAGUUUACUAGGGUGUCAAGGCCCAGAAAUAAUGCUGCCAAACAUGAGGCCAGGAGCAGUGGUGGUAACAGCGAGGCUAAAGCCAAAAGCACGAGAGAUACGAAGUCUCACAAUAAGGAGCCGAGAAGGUGCCAGUUCUGUGAUCAGGACCACCUUGUCUCGAAUUGUGCUCAGUUUAAAUCUAAGUCGGUGGAGUUUAGGAAACAGUUCGUCUGCAAGGCAGGAUUAUGUUUUUGCUGUCUUUGGAAGCAUUACGUAAAGGACUGCAAGUGGAAAAAACCGUGUACAGAGACAGGAUGUGACAGACUCCACCAUCCAUUACUACACCAGGAACAAGAAGUUCAUAUUGGAUCAUUGGUUAGUACUUCCAAGCCAACCCAGUCUGUUUUGCUGAAGGUUAUACCUGUGCGGCUCUACUCCAAGGACAAACAGAGUCUGACAACGUUUGCUAUGCUAGACUCGGGUUCGACAGUUACAAUGAUAGCCAAGUCCAUUGCAAGUAGGCUAGGUAUUACUGGUUUGCCCGAGGUCCUAAGUGUCAACACAGUCUUAGCAAAGGGUCAAAGUAAGGAGGUCAAAAUAGCCGAGUGCUUCCUCAGUCCAACUAGCGAGGAAGAACCUCUGAUACCAGUGAGCAGAGCUCACGUAGUGGACGAGCUACAUAUAGAUGAAAGCCGUUAUGGAGAGUGCCCAGACACCCAACCUUAUGCUGUGAAGACCCCCCUAUCAUGGUGUGUUGCUGGACCGACUUGCAAGACUGGAGAUCAGCCUGUGCCCAGCUGCAAUCUACUUGUGGCGAGUACUGAUGUGCUUGGGGGUAAUGGUGAUCGGACGAGUGAGUUGGCCAGCGAGUCAUUAGAGCUUGAAGUGAAGAAGCGCUGGGAGAAGGAGAGGCAUGGUUUUGCUUGUGACGGCAUAAAAAGGAUGUCGGUAGAAGACAAGAGAGCUAUGCAGAUCCUGGAGUCCAAAACUGCAUUCAUUGAUGGGAAUUACCAGAUAGGGCUGCUGUGGCGCGAGGAAAACCCAUGUCUUCCUAACAACAAGGCAUCAGCCGAGAAAAGGCUAAGAGUACUGCAGAAAAGGUUUGCCAAGGACUCAGAGUAUGCUGCAAUGUAUCGCAAGGCCAUAGAAGACUACAUUACCAAGGGCUAUGCUGUGCAAUUAUCUGACGAGGAAGCAGCAGUGACCACAAGCAAGACUUGGUACCUCCCGCACCAUGGUGUGCAGAACCCUAAUAAGCCUGGAAGGGUUAAAGUCGUGUUUGACGCCGCGGCACGUUAUGGUGAGACUUCUCUGAAUCAAGAGCUCCUGCAGGGACCAGACUUAACCAACAGCCUAGUCGGGGUCCUGACGCAUUUCCGUCUGGGAAAGAUUGCUGUUACUGCAGAUGUUGAAGCAAUGUUCAUGCAGUUCAAAGUGCCAAAAGAGGAUUGUCAAGCACUAAGAUUCCUGUGGUGGUCAGAUGAAGCUGACGCUACUCCGCAGACGUUCUGCAUGACCCAACACAUAUUUGGGGCAACAGAUAGUCCCAGUUCAUGCACAUAUGGUCUUCGAAGAUGUUCAAAUGACAACGCCGAGGAUUUCGACAAAUCUACUGUGGAUGCAGUCAACAAAAACUUCUAUGUAGAUGAUCUGCUAAAGUCUGUUGAUUAUACGGCGCCUGCUAUAUGUCUGGCUAUGCAGUUGAUCGAGAUGUUAGGUCAGGGAGGCCUAAGAUGGCGAAAUUCAUUUCAAACUCCUUGGUAG